AUCCCCAAUUCGGAUUCCUUCGUCGUCUCCUCCCCUCCCUCAGAUCUGGAAAAAUGGCGCCCCACGAAUCCAACAACGGCGUCUACGACGAGGAGCAGGCAGACGCGGCUGCGGUACCGCGCCCGAUGCCCGGCGAGCGGCGGAAGGUAGCCCUGGUUACUGGGAUUACGGGGCAGGACGGAUCGUACCUGACGGAGUUCCUGCUGGGGAAGGGGUACGAGGUUCACGGACUCAUCCGCCGAUCCUCCAAUUUCAACACCGCCCGGCUCGAUCACCUCUAUGUCGACCCCCACAACGCUGCCAAGGCCCGGAUGAAGCUCCACUAUGCCGAUCUCUCCGACGCCUCGUCCCUCCGCCGAUGGGUCGAUGCCCUCCUCCCCGACGAGGUGUACAACCUCGCCGCCCAGUCCCAUGUCGCCGUCUCCUUCGAGAUUCCCGACUACACUGCUGACGUCGUCGCCACCGGGGCCCUCCGCCUCCUUGAGGCCGUCCGGUGCUCCCCCAAACCCGCCCGCUACUACCAGGCUGGAUCUUCGGAGAUGUUCGGAUCCACGCCGCCGCCCCAGUCGGAGAGCUCCCCGUUCCACCCGCGAUCCCCCUACGCGGCCGCCAAGGUCGCCGCCCACUGGUACACCGUCAACUACCGCGAGGCCUACGGACUGUUCGCCUGCAACGGCAUCCUCUUCAACCACGAGAGCCCCCGCCGCGGCGAGAACUUCGUGACCCGUAAGAUCACCCGUGCCGUCGGCCGCAUCCGCCUCGGCCUCCAAACCAAGGUCUUCCUCGGGAACCUAUCGGCCGCCCGAGACUGGGGCUUCGCCGGCGACUACGUUGAAGCAAUGUGGAUGAUGCUGCAGCAGGAGGAGGCGGGGGACUACGUGGUGGCGACGGAGGAAUCGCACACGGUGGAGGAGUUCCUGCAGGCGGCGUUCGGCUACGUGGGGCUGGAAUGGAAGGAGCACGUGGUGAUAGAUCCGCGGUACUUCCGGCCGGCGGAGGUGGACAACCUGAAAGGCGACUCGAGCAAGGCGAGGAAGGCGCUGGGGUGGAAGCCCAAGGUAGGGUUCCUGGAGCUGGUGAAGAUGAUGGUGGAUCAUGACCUGGAGAUCGCGAAGAAGGAGAAGGUGCUCGCCGAUGCCGGAUACAUCGACGCCCACCAGCAGCCCUAGUUCCGUUCCAUCUCAGCGGCGUUUGGUCAUUUUGAGUUCUCGCGGAUGCCGGAUACAUCGACGCCCACCAGCAGCCCUAGUUCCGCUCCAUCUCUGCGGCGUUUUGUCAUUUUGAGUUCUUCGUAUUCGAUAAAAUUAAUUUCCCAAAGUUUUCUCCGAAA